UGGGACUGACUUGGACUGAUGGGGAUUAUACUGGGAGUGACUGAGAUCAUAUUGGGAUCAUUCUAGUAGUGACAGGAAUUGACUGGGACCAUUGUAAUUGUGACUGGGAUCAGCUGGGAUCAUACUGGACUCACACUGGGACUGACUGGAAGUCACUAGGAUCAUAUUGGGGUUACUGGGAUCAAACUGGGAUCAUUCCGAGAGUGACUGGGAUCACAGCGGUAACAUUCUGGUAGGGAUAGGAAUUGACUGGAACCAUUGUGGGUGUGACUGGGAUCAUACUGGGAGUGACUGAAAUCAUACUGGGAUUGUAUUGGGAGUGACUGGGGUCAUACUGGACUCACACUGGGAGUGACUGGAAAUCACUAGGAUCAUAUUGGGGAUGACUGGAAUCAAUCUGGGAGUGACAGGGAUCACACCGAGACCAUAUGGGGACCAUAGUAGGAUCUCCGCCGCGCUGGGUGCCGCGGGGCGUGGCCACUGUAGAUUUAUGCUAACGACUCCGCGGCCGCCGCUGCACCAUCGAGUCGCGGCCUCCGGGCGGGGCGGAGCGGUUGCGGGCCGCGAUUGGCGGGGGCGGUGCGUACGGAAGUGACGUUGAGCGGCGCAGAGCGGCGGGAGGUUUGAACGGCGGCGGGUCCGGGGGAGUCCGGGAGUGACGUCACGGCGGUGAACAGGGGGGAAGCACACCCGGGAAGGGCGAGGGGGGGUCUCACCGGCUGCCUGGACCUGCCCUGACCUCCCUCCCCGGUCCCCCCGGGUCCUCUCCAGCGUCUCCCUGACUCCCGGACCCCGCACCGAGCCCGCGGUGGGUGCGGCCUCGCCAUGCCCCGCCCCAAGCCCACCCCCCGGCGGCGUCGCCCCCCUCCAGCCCCGCCAUCGCCCCCCCCGCGCCGGCGGGUACGGAGGUUCCGCCCGGGCCAGCGGGCACUGCAGGAAAUCCGCCGCUACCAGAGCAGCACCCGCCUGCUGCUGCGGCCUCUGCCCUUCUCACGGCUGGUGCGGGAGCUGUGCCUGCUUUUCACCCGGGGGGUCGAUUAUCGCUGGCAGCGCCUGGCCCUGCUGGCCCUGCAGGAGGCAGCAGAGGCCUUCAUCGUGAGACUGCUGGAAGAUGCGUACCUGUGCUCGCUGCACGCCCGCAGGGUCACCCUGUUCCCCAAGGACCUGCAGCUGGUUCGGCGCCUGCGAGGGCCCGAGUGGGGGGGCAUCUGAAUGGGGACCCCCACCCUGCACUGGUACCCACCCCUCAGCGCCCCCGGCCUGGGGGGGGAGAGAGCUUCACACCCCUGAUCUUACUGGGGGCUCCUAUGGGACCAUUGUGCUGAGACACUGCCCCACCCCAUGGGGGCCUCCCACACUGGGAUCCCCCUGAGUAUACCCCCAGGACCCACCCCCAGGGGAUCUUGCAGCCCAGAGCCCCCUCUCCAAGGGUCGUCCCCAUGGGACAUGACACCCCAAUCCUGAUGCCCCAGUCUUGUUUGGUAUCCCCCGCACAGACCCCUCACCCUGGGACCCCUCCCCAGCCCCCCCAUGGGACCCCCACCCCAGGAUCCCAACCAACCCUCCCAGGGUCCCAGCCCAGGGUGGGGUCCCCUUCUUGACUCUAGCACCCCUCAGAUUAUUGGAGACCCCUGUCCAUGACCCCCCACUUUGGGAAUCCCCCCAGGUCUGCUACACCCCAAUAAAUGUCUGUGACCCUCCAA